GCGCCGGGCUUUACGACAGCUGCGCAGAGUCGCGGAGGGGGAAGUGGGGGUGGGCACCCCUCCCACCCUACCUGGCAUCAUCACUGCAGAUGCCAAGUAAACUGCAUCAUAGCGAAUGCGCGACCCCCCUCCGGCACCGAAAUGGAUGGGACAGAAAUGGAAGGCGGUUCUUAAAGAGACAGAGGCCAAUUUCAAGGCGUUUAGAAGAGGAACUGAUGAGAAUUUGGCGGCGGGCUACAAUGAUACAACCAUGUUUAMUGUGAGCGGAUACGACAGAGCUGGUUGGCUCCUGAAGGGGGUGAGGGGGUGGGCUCGUGCGUGUGUGCGCACCGUAGUGACAGUGGGAAGUGCAGUCCGCGUGCAGCCAGCGCGAGGAAGAGUCCUCCCAUCAAACUGAAUGGCUGCAAAUAAAACGCGUUCGAGCGAUGACUGACCGAUCAGSACCUAAAGAACUCCAGCAGAACAUGCCAGCAGCUGCUGAUCCGUCCAGCCCCGUCACACCCGUGCUUUAAAUAAUCCCAUGGAAGGUUUUAAUCUCGAUGGAUUAAUAAAGCUGCCGGAAGAAGAUCAGUGAUUUCAAUCGAUUGGAUCUUGGCGGCGGAAGGGAGCUGGCAUGUGGCCCCCCGACCUCGGGCCUCCAGAUGUGCAGCUGACUCUUCCUGGUUUCGGGAGCGCAUUCGAGGAUCUUCAAGAUCUUGAGUCCUCCGGGGGCCUCUGCCAGCCUCAUUCAGGAGGCCUGUGCUGCCUUCCUAGAACCUCCCUGGGAUGUGACCUGAACUCCCUGCUCAGCUGUAAAACAGCAGAACUCCACGUGGAGAAAACCGUGGAGGACUUCGUUACCACAGCUCAGACUGACCCCAAAAACAGCACCAAGAUGGUCAGCUGCUACCCUCAGCCCUGUCUUCCUGUCCCUUACGUGUUCACAAGCUGUGCCAAGUCUCCAUCGUUUGAAUCUUCACCUUCCUCCCUUUCCUCCUCUUCCUCAUCRUCUUUACUUCAUUCCUCUUGCCUGCCUCUUUCUGAUAAAUUCCCCCAGCAGCACCUCAGCCUGCAGGAGGAGUACCGCUGCAUAAAACAAGAACCUCCUGACGAUUUCUCGCCAUGCAAGAGGGAGCCAUUCCAAGUGAACCACCAGCAGGGGGAUCCGUUCCUCCUGGGCCAGGACAGAAGCCAGUCCCCUCUUCAUGGUCCCAGACCCGUGGGACCGGACAUCCCGCCAGAGCAGCAGGAGCAGUCGUGCCAUUGGAUCGACUGCAGCGCCGCCUACGGCAGCCAGGAGGAGCUGGUGAGGCACAUCGAGAAGGUGCACAUCGACCAGCGGAAAGGGGAGGAGUUUGCGUGUUUCUGGACUGGCUGCGUGCGGCGGCACAAGCCCUUCAACGCUCGCUAUAAGUUGCUCAUCCACAUGAGGGUCCAUUCAGGAGAGAAACCCAACAAAUGCAUGUUUGAGGGCUGCACCAAGGCAUUUUCCCGCCUGGAGAACCUGAAGAUCCACCUGAGGAGCCACACAGGAGAGAAACCGUACAUCUGCCAGCACCCCGGCUGUCUAAAGGCCUUCAGCAACUCCAGCGACCGGGCCAAGCACCAGCGCACACACCUGGACACGAAACCAUACGCCUGUCAGAUCCCGGGAUGCACCAAGCGUUACACUGAUCCCAGCUCGUUACGGAAACAUGUCAAGGCUCAUUCCUCCAAAGGCCUUCAAGACCGGGAGGUCAAGGCUCACGCUCACACCAUGUUGGAAUCCGACGUCCUGAGUGAUUGUUUGGCACGGCAGCACCUCCACAGCUCACCGCUACCAACCUUAGAAGAUUUUGCAGGUAUUUACUCAAACAGCAACUCAACCCACAACAGACUCAAUCCAGAGUUUCUUCCUCCACCUGCUGACGCUCCGUCCUGCUAUCCGAGCCUGGAGAGGAACUUCGACGCCAACAGUCCGGUAUCUUCAUCGACGAGCCUCAGCUGCAUGAGAGACGGGCACAGAUCAGCGUCUCUGUUCGAGUCCCCCGACGUCGUCCCGGUGAGUUCGUCAUCAGAGAGACGUGACGUCCGGCUGCUGGACUUCCAGAAGACCUUCAACCAGCAGCAGCAGGUGUUCCUGCAGCAGCAACAAGACUGUUUAUACGGAGAGGUAGUUCCCCCGCCGAGCAACGGAGGGUUCGAAUCGAGUUACUUCUCAAACCCGCCUGCCUCUCACUCCGCAGGUUUCGACCUGCUGCAGGACCUUCAGGGCCAAGCGGAGGACAGGUACGCCUCGUCUCCCUGCCCGGAGGACGGCUUCCUCUUUCAGACGGGAGGGGUCGAACGCUGCCUCAGUCAGUUUUACUCCAUUUACCUGGACUUGUGAUGGAAAACCAACAUAAAGGAAGUAAAAUAAAAAAACAAACUGAAAGGACGUGUGACCCAAGCCCAUCUACUGUACGACACGCUCCAAGUUUCAGGAACAGUUUGUCUCGAUGUUCUCAGCAGAUUUUAAAUCUUAAAACAGGAAAUCUAACAUUAUAAUUGUAUACUGCGGUUUAUUGUGCCUUUAUGAUCUGGAUACAUCUAGUUUUCUUCCCUUACGACACAAUUUACAGACUAACAGCUCUAAUCUGAGCUCCUCCUGACGAUGGAGCUCCUCGUCACAUCUUCAAAGCUUGAAGGAAGCUCGUUUUAGCCGCUUGUAUCCAGGAUCCGGUUCUGUCUGUGAUGAUCCAAACCUCCCAGGAUGGACCAGACAUCUCUUCGAUUGGCCUCAAGAGUUUAGUUUACGCUGCUGCCUUAUUUCACAUCCAUGGAAAGAAACUCCUUUAGCCGUUUGAAACAGUUCUCAGUCUUCAUGCUAAGCUAAGCUAACCAACUUCAGCCUCUUUAUACGAACCAAGAGAAUUAAAGUUUUGAUUCAGGGUCACAAACUCGGUUUAUUAGCAGCCAAAAUCACAGUGAACUCGUUUCCAGACAUGAAACUGAACCUCUGCUGCCCUCUGGUGUCUGGAUGAAUGUAUUGAAAUAAUGUUACAAAAAGGGUAAAAACAAAAAAUAAUCUGCACUAAACUACAGUAAACUGCCUUAUUUUUUACUUUUUAAACUGCAUCUCAUCGCUUUCAAGUGCCGCUUUUACAUAUUUCUUGUUACAUGUUCAGUGAGAGGGAAACUGUUUACAAAAAAAAAAAACGUCUCUGGACACUUUUUUAAAGUUUAUUCAUAGAAAACUCAAAGGUAACAACUGACCAGAAAAUGUUUACACUGAUUUUAAAACGGAUCAGAAAUGUCUCGUUGUCACUGCACAUUGUAAAGCGUGUAUCUGUCUUUUAUACCUAAAUAAAAACACUUUUUAUAUUAA